UCUACAUUGUACACAUGGAAGCAGAGACCAUUCUGAAACGCUUUAGGCUUCUUUUGCUUUCCUGAAGAUUUCACUUGGAUCAUUUAAUAGCAAAUAGUUUCAGUAAUGCUGCACGGAUAAGGCUGGAUUCUUUUUUUUUUUUUUUUUUUUUUACCUGUCACUAAAAGCAGAAGUUAUGUCUCCCAUCCUGCUGGUGUGUGUCUUUCUCUCAGUGAUUUGUCAGGCUGAUUCAGUCCCUGAGAAGCCGAAGAGGUCUGCACUGAACCAGCUGACACGCACACUGCUGCGCCACUACGACUGCGGGAUCCGGCCCGUCCUCAACUGGACCAGUCCUACCACCGUCUUCAUCGACCUCAUUAUCCAGUCUGUGCUGGACGUGGAUGGACAGAUGCAGAAAGUGACCACGAGCAUCUGGUAUCGGCAAAUCUGGAAAGACGAGUUUCUCGUGUGGGAUCCUGAGGAAUUUGAUGGAAUCACAGAAAUCUCACUUUCCUCAGAUGCCAUCUGGGUGCCUGACGUCAUCAUCAGUGAAUUUGUGGAUGAGGGCAAAUCCCCUGUUAUCCCAUAUGUGUAUGUCAACUCGUCUGGGAUGGUGAAGAACUACAAACCCAUCCAGGUGGUCUCAGCCUGCGACUUGGAGAUUUAUGCCUUUCCCUUUGACAAGCAGAACUGCACUCUGACCUUCCGCAGCUGGCUCCACUCAGUGGGUGAGGUGGAUCUGGCUCUUUUGAGAAACGCUGAGGAAAUCGCUACUGACACCCGAGAGUUCAUGAACAACGGUGAAUGGGAGCUGCUCUCUGUGCCUUCUCAUUACUGGAAGCUUAACUUGGCUAACAAGGAUUACGCCCACAUCCAGUUUAAUGUACUAAUCCGCCGGCGCCCCCUGCUGUAUGUGGUCAGUGUCCUCAUCCCCAGCAUCUUCCUCAUGUUGGUGGAUGUUAUCAGCUUCUACCUGCCGCCAAACAGUGGCACCCGCAUCACCUUCAAAACCAGCAUUCUGCUUGGGUACACCGUAUUCAGGGUUAACAUGAUGGAUGAAAUCCCAGCAACAGCCAUCAAAACACCUCUGAUUGGUGUUUUCUUCGCGGUUUGCAUGGCCCUCCUGGUGCUCAGUUUGGCUAAGUCCAUUUUCGUGGUGAAGCUCCUACAUCACAGUCAUGAGGAGGUGAAGAACAUGUCCAUCUCUGCCUGCUUACUGCACAAGUAUGGUUCAACUGAGCAGAGCUUCAGUGAGAGUCUGUUCACCUCUGUGAGGACGCUGGAUGAUGUGGAUCACUCAGGAGGCUAUGAGUUUGAUCUCUCGCCUGAGCCAGACCUGUUGUCUCUGACAGAAACGCAGUCCAGCCCACCACAGCUGCAGAAAAUCCUGCAAGAGCUCACCACCCUCAGACUUUUCCUCCAGGAGGACGAGAACGACGGCAUGGCUCAGAAAGACUGGCUCGCUCUCUGUUACAAAGUGGACAAGUUGCUGUUUCGCAUUUACCUGCUCAUCUUCACCAUUUACUCCAGCACUCUCCUGCUGCUGUGGAGUAGCUGGAGCUCAGUCUGAAGCGCCAGUACUGCGGACAAGACAGACAGAUAGAUAAAUAAAGGGACAAAAUUACUACAUGUAAUGAAAACACAUUGGGAAACACCAAUAAAGAAUUAUCGUGUUACCACUUCUUUAAUUAAUACCCUGGAUGUGAAUUUAUGUAUUUGAAAUAAAUUGAUUAAUUAAUUGAUAGUAAUAAAAAUAAACUUUAAUUAAUUAACAAUUAAUUAAUUAAUCUUCAGCAUUUCAUAAUGAAAGAAUCAAACCAAAAACAUGAUCUUAUAAAAAAUAAAAGGGAAUGACUGAAUGAAUGAAUAAAAACAUCCCAGAGAUCCCACAUGGUACUGACUGAGACAUCUAUUGACACCCAUUAUUGUCCUGGCCUGACUUAAAUUUUCCCAUAAAAAUACAAUCAAAAAAGCAAUCAUUUCCUUAAAAAUGCAUUAGAAACUUUCACUCCAUGCAACAACAUCUUUCCCACCAUCUUUGGCUCACUAAGAAACACAGGGGUAUUGAAGGGAGUUUGCCUUAUAUGUUAAG